CUGCCCGCCCCGCCUCCUGCCCGCCCCGCCUCCUGCCCGCCCCGCCUCCUGCCCGCCCCGCGGCGCAUUGUGGGAUCCGUCCGCGGGCCUGGCGGUGGAGGACGAGGUGCUCGGUCAUGGGCUUCCAACCGAGCCCAGUCCUGCUGGCCUCCCUGGGGGUGGGGCUGCUGACUGUGCUUGGCCUGGCUUUGGGCUCGUACUUGGUUCGAAAGUCCCGCCGGCCAAAGGUCACUCUCCUGGACCCCAAUGAGAAGUACCUGCUGCGACUGCUAGACAAGACGACUGUGAGCCACAACACCAAGAGGUUCCGCUUUGCCCUGCCCACCGCCCACCACGUUCUGGGGCUGCCUGUGGGCAAACAUGUCUACCUCUCUGCCCGGAUCGAUGGCAGCCUGGUCAUCAGGCCAUAUACUCCUGUCACCAGUGACGAGGACCAAGGCUACGUGGAUCUUGUCAUCAAGGUGUACCUGAAGGGUGUGCACCCCAAAUUUCCUGAGGGAGGGAAGAUGUCUCAGUACCUAAACAGCCUGAAGAUUGGGGAUGUGGUGGAAUUUCGAGGGCCAAGUGGUUUGCUCACUUACACUGGGAAAGGGAAUUUUAGCAUUCAGCCCAACAAAAAAUCUCCGCCAGAACCCCAAGUGGCGAAGAAACUGGGAAUGAUUGCCGGCGGAACAGGAAUCACCCCAAUGCUGCAGCUGAUUCGGGCCAUCCUGAAGGACCCUGAAGAUCCGACCCAGUGCUCUCUGCUUUUUGCCAACCAGACUGAAAAGGACAUAAUCUUGCGGGAGGAGCUGGAGGAACUGCAGGCCCGAUAUCCCAGUCGCUUUAAGCUCUGGUUCACUCUGGAUCACCCCCCAGAAGAUUGGGCCUACAGCAAGGGGUUUGUGACUGCUGACAUGAUCCGGGAACACCUGCCCGCCCCAGGGGAUGGCGUGCUGCUGCUGCUCUGCGGGCCACCCCCCAUGGUGCAGCUGGCCUGCCAUCCCAACUUGGACAAACUGGGCUACUCACAAAAGAUGCGAUUCACCUACUGAGCUUCCUGCUCCGUGGGCCUGUGUCCCUGGUCCUGUUCCUUGCAACUGUCCUCAGCCAGUACUCAAGUGCUAUAAGCCCUAGGUUCCUUUCCUGGCAGUGUCAGCCUUUUUGUCUUACUCUGGAGCUGAAAUCUGGAGGAUACCUGCAGGAAUGACAUCCUUGUAGCCAUGGAAGAGGGCUAAAGCUGAGUCGUUCCCUGAAAGGGCCCCCCAAAUCUCCCUGUGAUAGAAGGUCCAGGUCAGGCCCGUGGAGACAUCUCUUCCAUGGGUCAGAAAGAAGGAAGCAUGUACCUUUGCUGCUUGUACUGACUAGUUCCUUGAUAGCAUCACACUCUGUGUCUGUGAUGAAAGGAACAAUCUAUGUAAUGGGUUUUACUUAAUAUUCGGUGCUUAACCCACAGAAGAUUCUGUGUGUGUGUUAGUGAGCGCAAGUUGAGCAGCCUCACAGAGGUGGUCUCCUCAAGAUUGCAGGAAAGGAGAAAAUGAUUCCUUCAGACAUCAGAGAAGGGAAUCUGAACUAUGUAUUUGUGUGUCUGUCUUUCCCAGCCCCUGCCCAGGCUGGAAGGAAAUGGCUACCCACAGUCUAAGACUGCUGCUUGUGGCAGAGACCUCUGGCUAUGCAAAUAAAUGGGGCUAAGGCCCCCGUGCUAAACCUA